AUUUCAUCUUAAUUCAUUUACUUCACAAAGAAAGAUUUAGAGAGGGAAAAAACAAAAAAAGAGAGAUUAUGGCAACACAAGCCGCCGGAAUCUUCAGCCCCACCAUAACAACCACUGCUUCCGUCGUCAAGAAACUCCACCUCUUCUCUACAAGCCACCGUCCCAAGUCUCUCUCUUACACCAAAACCGCCAUCCGCGCCGAGAAAACAGAUUCCUCCUCUGCUGCCCCAGCCACUGCGGUGAAAGAAGAAGCUCCGGUUGGAUUCACACCCCCGCAGCUAGAUCCAAACACACCAUCACCAAUCUUCGCCGGAAGCACAGGAGGUCUCCUACGUAAAGCACAAGUAGAAGAAUUCUACGUCAUCACAUGGACCUCACCGAAAGAACAAAUCUUUGAGAUGCCAACAGGGGGAGCUGCGAUAAUGAGAGAAGGACCGAAUCUGUUGAAACUAGCGAGAAAAGAACAGUGUCUGGCUUUAGGUACGAGGUUGAGGUCAAAGUACAAGAUUAAGUACCAGUUUUACAGAGUGUUCCCUAACGGAGAGGUUCAGUAUCUUCACCCGAAAGAUGGAGUUUAUCCAGAGAAAGCGAAUCCAGGAAGAGAAGGUGUUGGACAAAACAUGAGAUCUAUCGGUAAAAAUGUUAGUCCCAUUGAGGUUAAAUUCACUGGGAAACAAUCUUAUGACUUGUAAGAUUUUUAUUCGCAUUUUUACACAAUGCUAGACUAAAAAGAAGUACCUAUCGAGUAUUCGAGUGAUACCAUAACAUCGUAGGUGAACUUCUCUAAUCAUUAAAGAUCCGUUACAGUUGGGACAAAUGGUCUAACCAUUUUCUUGCAACCAA